AUCCAGAGAGAGGCUCUUUGAACUUUGGAUGCUUUAUUGUACAAAGAAAGAUCCAGAUUACCUGAAGCUCUGGUUGGACAAUUUUGUUUCUAGCUAUGAACAGUUCUUAGAUGUUGACUUUGAAAAGCUGCCUACCAGGGUAGAUGAUGUGCCUCCAGGAAUAUCUCUCCUUCCUGAUAAUAUUCUGCAGGUUUUAAGGAUCCAGCUACUACAGUGUGUUCAGAAAAUGGCAGAUGGGUUAGAGGAACAACAACAAGCUUUGUCAGUUUUGCUUGUCAAGUUCUUCAUUAUUCUUUGCAGAAAUUUGUCUAAUGUGGAAGAAAUUGGGACUUGCUCAUAUAUUAAUCAUGUCAUUACUAUGACAACACUCUAUAUUCAGCAGUUAAAAAGCAAAAAAAAAGAGAAGGAAUUGGCAGAUCAGACAUCUAUUGAAGAAUUUGUAAUCCAUGCAUUGGCAUUUUGUGAGAGUUUAUACGAUCCAUAUCGGAAUUGGAGGCAUAGAAUUUCAGGACGAAUCCUUAGUACUGUGGAAAAGAGCAGACAGAAAUAUAAACCAGCUUCUCUCACAGUGGAGUUUGUCCCUUUCUUUUAUCAGUGUUUUCAGGAAAGUGAACAUCUCAAGGAAAGUCUCAAGUGUUGCUUAUUGCACCUCUUUGGAGCCGUUGUGGCCGGUGGGCAGAGGAAUGCUUUGCAAGCAAUUUCUCCAGCCACCAUGGAAGUUCUUAUGAGAGUUUUGGCAGAUUGUGAUUCCUGGGAGGAUGGAAAUCCUGAAGAAGUGGGGAGGAAGAUCGAACUUACUCUGAAGUGCCUUACAGAAGUGGUACAUAUCCUUCUCACUAGCAGCUCUGAUCAACGUCAGGUGGAAACCAGCACUAUUUUGGAGAACUAUUUUAAAUUGCUAAAUUCAGAUCAUUCAGCUUUACCUAAUCAAAGGAGAUCCAGACAGUGGGAAAGCCGGUUCAUAGCUCUGCAGAUCAAAAUGUUGAAUACCAUCACAGCCAUGUUAGAUUGCACCGAUAGGCCUGUUCUUCAGGCCAUUUUUCUUAACAGUAAUUGCUUUGAACAUCUCAUACGACUGCUGCAGAAUUGCAAGCUGUUUUUAAAUGCUAACAAUAAGGUGGCAGACAAGAACGAGAAAGACCUUGCCAACAAAUUACUGACAGAAAUAAAUGAGGACCAGGUGUUUCAGGGACAGUUGGAUUGUUUGGCUAUAUCAGCCAUUCAGGCUUUGACAGCAGUAAUGAACAAAUCUCCAGCUGCUAAGGAAGUAUUUAAAGAAAGAAUUGGUUAUACACAUAUGUUUGAGGUUUUAAAAUCCCUGGGUCAGCCACCACGGGAACUACUUAAAGAACUCAUGAAUAUGGCUGUAGAGGGUGACCACACUUCAGUUGGGAUUUUGGGCAUUAGUAAUGUCCACCCUCUCUUGCUUCUUAUCCGGUGGCUUCCAGAGCUAGAAUCCCAUGAUCUGCAAAUCUUCAUCUCUGAUUGGCUGAAAAGAAUUUGUUGUAUUAAUAGGCAGAGCCGAACUAUUUGUGUCAAUGCAAACAUGGGAAUUCACAUCAUCGAAACCCUUGAUUCCCAUUCUUCCCUCCACCGAACUUGUGCUGAGAACUUGAUUGCACUUCAUGGUUCCUUGGGGAGUCAGUCAGUGAGCUCAGAAGAAAUCCGUCGACUACUAAGAUUGCUGAGAGUGGAUGAACCUGAGUAUAUUCACCCCUAUACCACUCCUGUGACUCGAGCAAUUCUGACAAUGGCCCGAAAACAAAGUCUAGAGAGCGCACUGCAGUAUUUUAACUUGUCACAUAGUAUGGCAGGAAUUUCUGUGCCUUCCAUACAGAAGUGGCCGGGGUCUGCCUUUUCUUUCAAUGCUUGGUUUUGCUUAGAUCAGGAUCAGUUGACUGUUGGCAACGCUAACAAAGGAGGAAAAAGAAAACAAUUGUACAGCUUCUUUACAGGAAGUGGCAUGGGUUUCGAAGCUUUUAUUACCCAUUCAGGUAUGUUGGUUGUGGCAGUGUGCACAAAAAGAGAAUAUGCUACAGUUAUGCUUCCUGACCACAGUUUCUGUGAUUCCCUCUGGCACAACAUAACCAUUGUUCACAUGCCUGGAAAAAGACCCUUUGGUCAGAGCCUUGUCUUUAUCUAUGACAAUGGACAGCAGAAGGUCUCUGCCCCUCUCAGAUUUCCUGCCAUGAAUGAACCUUUUAUUUCCUGCUGCAUUGGUUCAGCUGGGCAAAGAACCACCACUCCUCCACCUUCCCAAAUCCCAGAUCCACCUUUUUCUUCCCCCAUUACCCCUCAUCGGACAUCAUUUGGUGGAAUUCUGUCGUCAGCCUCCUGGGGAGGAACACUUGAAAAAUCAAAAUUGAUUACCAAAUUGAUAUCAGCUGGAACCCAAGAUAGUGAAUGGGGCUGCCCCACAUCUCUGGAGGGUCAGCUAGGGUCUGUUAUCAUCUUCUUUGAAGCACUACAGCCUCCUCAGGUGAAGGCAUUGUAUUUAGCAGGUCCAAACUGUUUAAGCCCUUGGAAAUUUCAGGAGUCUGACAUGGCUGACCUGCCUGCUAACAUCCUUCUUCACUACACUGCAAAGGCCUGCAAAAAUUCAAUCUGUCUUGAUUUAUCUACUAAUUGUUUGCAUGGAAGAUUAACAGGAAACAAAGUAGUGAACUGGGACAUUAAGGACAUCAUAAACUGCAUAGGUGGAUUAAAUGUAUUGUUUCCUUUGUUGGAACAAAUCAGCCACUUUGGUGAAGGACAGAUUUCUGAAGGAAUGAAUGAAAGCACAGUUUCUGAAUUGAUAACGCCUGUAGAAGGAGAUUGGGUUGUACUGACCUCCACGAAGGCAUCAGAGUCAAGAUUAGAAAGGAAUUUAAUUGCAACAUUUAUCUUGAUUGUGAAGCACUUUAUUCAAAGACAUCCUAUCAACCAGGACAAUCUUACUCACUCCCAUGGAGUUGCCACUCUUGGUGCCUUGCUGCAGAAGGUGCCAAGCUCCUUGAUGGAUGUUAAUGUACUGAUGGCAGUUCAGUUAUUAAUUGAACAGGUGUCAUUAGAGAAAAAUAUGCAGCUCCUGCAGCAAAUGUAUCAAUAUUUACUUUUUGACUUCCGUAUUUGGAACCGUGGAGAUUUUCCCUUUCGAAUCGGUCAUAUACAGUAUCUUUCCACCAUCAUCAAAGACAGCAGGAGAGUUUUCCGAAAGAAGUAUGGUGUGCAGUUUCUCCUAGAUACACUUAGGAUUUAUUAUGGGAGUGAUUGUAAAUAUAGUGAGCUGUCUCUAGAAGACAUUCGGACAAUAAGGAAUUCUUUGUAUGGACUAAUUAAAUAUUUUCUGUGCAAAGGUGGAACUCAUGAAGAGAUACAGAGUAUUAUGGGUUACAUAGCUGCUAUCAAUGAAGAAGAACAGCUCUUUGGAAUUUUGGAUAUGCUCUUCAGUCUCCUCCGUACCAGCCCAACUAGAGGUCAGCUUUUCUUGUUGCUGUUUGAACCAGGAAAUGCUGACAUACUUUAUGCCUUGCUGUUAAAUCAGAAGUACUCUGACAGACUAAGAGAAAUCGUUUUUAAGGUUAUGGAACAAAUGUUGAAAUGCACAAAUGUUUAUGAACGAAGUAAACAACGUAUUCGGCUCAGAGAAGUUGGCUAUUCAGGAUUGGGACUUCUUCUUAAUGAAGCACCCAUUAAUACCUCUCUCAUUAAAAGCCUCACCAAUCAAAUUAUAAAUACAGAUACUGCUAUUAAUUUCAAAGAUCUGUUGUCUGUGGUAUAUAUAUCUCACAGAACACAUAUAAAUGUCAGAGUGGUUAUCUGCAGAAAGAUUUUACAGAUUUUGCAGUCCCAGCCAGAUGCAGCACAUCAAAUAUCUCAACAAGUGGGUUGGCAAGACACUUUAGUUAGGCUUUUUUUACAAACAAAUUUUGAAAAUGGAAAUACUCUUCAUAAGCACAGUAGGGCUGUUUCAGUAAAAGACAGUGACAAAAAUUUAUCAGCUGAAGAUACUAAGAAGAACUUUGAUGAAAAGAUUGAUGAGGAAAAAAUCAACUCUUUUGCCUCAGCCAAUGUGUCUUCAGAUCAGUGGAGUUUAGAGGAUGGACACUCUCUAGACUCAAACAUACCAUUAUUUCAAGAAGAUAGUUCUGUGGGAGAAUUAUCUUUCAGAUCAGAGAAUCAAGAAGAAUUCUGGAAUAAUAACCCUUCACAUCUGAGUUUAGAUCUCAGUGGAAUAGACUCAUGUGAACUGAGCGACAGUGGAAGUCACAUGCCAGACAGCCUGCCUAGCACGCCCUCCCCAAUAGAAUCUGCCAAAUCCUUUUCCGUGCAGUCUGACAAAGAGAGCGGUGUCUUAAAUGAUCCUGGGUUUGGUGAUGACUUCUCUUUACUUGAAAGCCAAGAGAGAUGUGAGGAGGAGCUUCUUCAAUUACUGACAAAUAUUUUGAACUAUGUAAUGUGUAGGGGAUUAGAAAAGUCUGAUGAUAGUACUUGGAUUGAACGGGGACAAGUGUUUUCAGCACUAAGUAAACCAGGAAUAUCCAGUGAACUACUUCGACCAUCAGAUGAAAUAAAAUUAAUUUUGCUACAGAACAUGUUAGAAUGGACAGUCACAGAAAACAGAGAAUCAAAAAUGAAUCCAGUAACUGCUGAAAAUGCCUUCCGACUCAUCCUGAUCAUACAGGACUUUCUGCAGUCAGAGGGGCUUGUUAAUUCAAACAUGUGGACUGAGAAGCUUUUAGAUGAUCUGAUGCUGCUCUUCGAUGGUCUGUCAGUUUGGUAUUCUGAAGGUCAAGUGUGGGCAAAACUUUCUCGAAUCCAAAUCCAGUUGCUUCUAGGAUUCAUUGGAAGGGGAAAUUUGCAGGUUUGUGCAAUGGCGUCAGCUAAGCUAAACACCCUUCUUCAAACCAAAGUGAUUGAAAAUCAGGAUGAAGCGUGUUACAUUUUAGGGAAGCUGGAACAUGUUCUAAGUCAGUCAAUUAAGGAGCAGACUGAAAUCUAUUCAUUUCUGAUUCCCCUGGUCCGUACCCUGGUUUCCAAAAUCUAUGAACUUCUCUUCAUGAACUUGCACCUGCCUUCUUUACCUUUUACCAAUGGUAGCUCUUCAUUUUUUGAAGAUUUUCAAGAAUAUUGCAGUUCAAAUGAAUGGCAAGUUUACAUCGAAAAAUAUAUCGUGCCUUACAUGAAGCAGUAUGAAACCCAUACAUUUUAUGAGGGUCAUGAGGACAUGGCACUUUAUUGGAAGAAUUGUUAUGAAGCCUUAAUGGUGAAUAUGCAUAAACGAGACCGGGAAGGAGGAGAAAGCAAGCUUAAGUUUCAGGAAUUUUUUGUGGAACCAUUUAAUAGAAAAGCACGGCAAGAGAACUUGAGGUAUAAUAAUACUCUUAAACAACUUAGCAGCCAACAGUUAAUCACUCUGAGACGCUGGAAGGCAGUACAGCUCUACCUCACAUCUGAAAGAGGACCUUGGGCUAAAAGGAAGCAAAGUCCAAUUCACUGGAAACUAGCUAAUGUAGAAAAUUACUCCCGCAUGAGACUUAAAUUGGUGCCAAAUUAUAACUUCAAAACUCAUGAAGACGCUAGUGCAUUGAGAGAUAAUCUAGGUAUCCAACACUCACAGCCUUCCAGUGAUUCAUUGCUUUUGGAAGUAGUGAAACAAGUAAAAGUUAGCAAUAUGGAGGAGGAUAAAUUAGACCUUCCUGAAGACGACUUAACAGCGAGAGUAAAUAUUGAUGAGAAAGAAGAACAGGAUCAAAAAGAAAAAUUGGUGUUGUCAGAAGACUGUGAACUCAUUACAAUAAUUGACGUAAUUCCUGGCAGAUUAGAAAUCACUACUCAACACAUUUACUUCUAUGAUUGCAGCAUUGAAAAAGAAGAUGGAGUAGGCUUUGAUUUCAAGUGGCCUCAUUCUCAAGUUCGAGAGAUUCACCUGCGGCGUUAUAAUUUAAGGAGGUCAGCUCUUGAGAUUUUUCAUGUUGACCAAUCCAACUACUUUCUCAAUUUCAAAAAAGAGGUUAGAAACAAAGUAUAUAGUAGACUGUUGUCACUGCAUUCUCCAAAUAGUUAUGGUACCAGAUCACCACAGGAAUUAUUCAAAGCAUCUGGAUUGACACAGAAAUGGGUGAACAGAGAGAUAUCAAAUUUUGACUACCUCAUUCAAAUAAAUACAAUGGCAGGACGAACCUAUAAUGACCUUGCGCAGUAUCCUGUGUUUCCCUGGAUUUUACAAGAUUAUACUUCAGAAGAGUUGGACCUUAAUAACCCAUCUGUAUUUCGAGAUCUUUCCAAACCAAUUGGGGUAGUUAAUGAUAAAAAUGCCAAAGCCAUGCGAGAAAAAUAUGAAAAUUUUGAGGAUCCUAUGGGAACUAUUGAUAAAUUUCAUUAUGGUACUCACUAUUCAAAUUCUGCUGGGGUUAUGCACUAUCUUAUUCGUACAGAACCAUUCACCACCCUCCACAUCCAGCUUCAGAGUGGAAGGUUUGACUGCGCAGAUCGACAGUUCCAUUCCAUCCCUGCCACCUGGCAGGCUCUCAUGGACAAUGCAUAUGAUGUGAAGGAGCUUAUUCCCGAAUUCUUCUAUUUCCCGGAGUUUUUGGAAAAUCAAAAUCAAUUUAACUUGGGUUGUCUGCAAGUUUCCAAAGAAGUAGUAAAUGACGUCAUUCUCCCCAAUUGGGCUAAGUCAGCUGAAGAUUUCAUCUAUAAACAUAGGAAAGCUCUGGAGUCUGAAUAUGUUUCUGCUCAUCUUCAUGAAUGGAUAGAUCUGAUUUUUGGCUACAAACAGAGGGGGCCAGCUGCAGUGGAAGCACUGAAUGUUUUCUAUUACUGUAGUUACGAAGGAGCUGUGGAUCUGGAUGCCUUAACAGAUGAGAAGGAAAGAAAAGCCUUAGAAGGGAUGAUUAAUAAUUUUGGGCAAACACCUUGUCAACUGUUAAAGGAACCACAUCCUCCUAGAUUGUCAGCAGAAGAAGCAGUGCAGAAGCAGACCAAAACAGACACUUCAACCCUAAAUGUAUUUCAACAUCUCUCCGAACUCAAGUCAUUUUUUAUAGAGGGAAUUAGUGAUGGUGUCCCACUAAUAAAGGCCAUUGUCCCCAAAAAUCAGUCUCGUUCUUUUAUGUCUCAAGGCAGUCCUGAGUUAUUGGUAACAGUAAACAUGAAUUACAUUGUUGGAACCCAUGGAUGGCUGCCUUAUGACAGAAACAUUUCCAAUUACUUUACAUUCAUCAGAGAUCAAACUGUAACAAAUCCAAAAACUCAGCGUAUUAUGAAUGGUCCUUUUGCUCCAGGGCUGGAGAUCACUUCUAAGCUAUUCAUAGUAUCACAUGAUGCGAAGUUGCUUUUCAGUGCUGGACACUGGGAUAAUAGCAUUCAAGUGAUGUCACUUACAAAAGGCAAAAUUAUUUCACACAAUAUUAGACACAUGGAUAUUGUGACUUGUUUAGCUACAGAUUAUUGUGGAAUACAUUUGAUUUCUGGUUCCAGAGAUACUACAUGUAUGAUAUGGCAAAUAACACAACAGGGAGGUGUUCCUGUGGGCUUAGCAUCUAAACCCUUUCAGAUUCUGUAUGGACACACCGAUGAGGUAUUGAGUGUUGGCAUCAGCACUGAACUAGAUAUGGCAGUGUCAGGAUCAAGGGAUGGCACUGUGAUUAUACAUACCAUUCAGAAAGGUCAAUACAUGAGGACUUUACGGCCACCUUCUGAGAGUUCUGUGCUCCUGACUGUUCCUAAUUUGGCUAUAUCUCGGGAAGGACAUAUUGUUAUCUAUUCCAGCAUUGAAGAAAAGACCAAUCUCAAGGAUAAGAAUGCAUUACAUCUGUUUUCCAUAAAUGGCAAGUAUCUAGGGUCCCAAGUCCUGACAGAACAAGUAUCAGAUAUAUGUAUCACUGGAGAACAUAUUAUCACGGGCAGCUUACAAGGCUUCCUGUCCAUAAGAAAUCUCCACAGUUUGAAUCUCAGCAUGAACCCAUUAGCCAUGCGAAUGCCUAUCCACUGUGUUUGUGUCACCAAAGAAUACAGCCAUAUUCUUGUAGGAUUAGAAGAUGGCAAAUUGAUUGUAGUGGGUGUUGGGAAGCCAGCUGAGGUAAAACACAGCAUCAAGAACUUCUUUUCCCAUACUGUUGGGGAUUCCUUUGGUUCUCCUUUGUUCCAGCUGAAUCAGAAGUCUCCAUUAUGGAUGAACAAACUAAAAACCAAAUUUGAUUUUUCAAAGGGCAGUAAAUGAAAAGGGCAUAAAUCUAAUAUUCA